UUUUUAUUUUAUUAUAUUACCGUUUCUUCUCAGGAAAAGUAAUGAAAAUGAAAAAACAAAAAACAAAAGUCUCGGAAGGAAGUUUCCGGGAAGUUGCACAAGAGAAGGGGCAGUACACAAUUUUCCGAAUUCUCCACCAUUUAACCCCCCCUUCAUCUUCUUCACACAACUUGUCCUCAAAACAAAUUUCCAAUUCCAAAACCCCAAAUCACAUUCAAAUUUUCAUUUCCCCCAAUAUGAAGCUUCUCAAAUCCUUCAACCCCAACCGUCUCUUCUCUUCCAAGUCCCACCGCUCCAAACUCUCCCGAUCUCAACCUCCUUCUUUCGGCUCCGCCUCCUCCUCCACCUCCUCCGCCGGAACCCCCACCAGCGUCUUGCCGUCCCUCGACUGGGCCGAUUUCUCCGACCCCACUCUCUCUCGUAAAGAACUGAAGGCUCUACUCGGCCUAAUCGGAGCCGAACCGCCGAGUGAGGAAGAGAUUAAGAUCAUGAUGGGCGAAAUGGACCGGGUUGGACCGGCUUGCCACUCCGAGUUACGUGAUACGUUUGAGAUAUUCGACGCCGACCACGACGGGAGAAUUACGGCGGAGGAGCUCUUUAGUGUGUUCACGGCGAUGGGAGACGAGGGGUGCACGUUAGAGGAUUGCCGGCGUAUGAUAGCAGGUGUAGACAAAAAUGGAGAUGGGUUCGUCUGCUUCGACGACUUUGCGCGUAUGAUGGACUGCCAGAGAUAAAUCCAAUCAACACCUUUCAUUUUUUUUUUCUUUUAAACUCUUUUACUUAUUAAUUAUAAUAAUAAUAAUUUUGAAAAAGAAAAGGGAAAAAAAAAAAAAAAAAAGAAGAAGGGAUCUUUGUGUUUAUGUUUGUUGAUGCAAAGUAUAUAAUUAAUUAAAAACGGCAGUAAGUCGUGGGAUCGGUCAUUCGUCAAA